AGCGGCAGCUGAGGCAGGAGGAGAGGGAGGACCAGCCUGAGCGCACUGCGGAGGGAGUGCAGCCAUGGGCAACGCGCAGGAGAAACCCCCGGGUAACGGAGGAGGGAGCUGGACCAGGAUUAGGGGUGGAAGUAGCAAGGAAGACCUCCGGAGGGAUCCGGGACAGAAGGUGGCUAAUGGCACCCAGGGAGACAAGAGCGAAGCGGAGAGGAGCAGCCCCACGGUGGACACAAGUUACCUGGAUGCCCCAGCAGGAGCGCUGCCUCCUCACCUGGCCCGGCUCAAGAACGAGGGGAACCAUCUCUUCAAACACGGACAGUUCGGAGACGCCUUGGAGAAAUACAGCCAGGCUCUUGAUGGAUGUGCUGAAGAAGGCAUCGAUAGUCCAGAGGACCUGUGCAUCCUCUACUCCAACAGAGCCGCCUGUUACCUGAAGGAUGGAAACAGCAACGACUGCAUACAGGACUGCAGCAGGGCUUUAGAGCUGCAGCCCUUCUCCUUGAAGCCCCUUCUGCGCAGAGCUAUGGCCUAUGAGUCACUGGAGCGCUACAGGAAGGCCUAUGUGGAUUACAAAACAGUGCUGCAGAUUGACACCGGUGUACAGGCGGCUCAUGACAGCGUCCACAGGAUCACAAAGAUGCUGAUUGAGCAGGACGGGCCUGAGUGGAGAGAGAAGCUGCCAGAGAUUCCCGUCGUCCCUCUGUCGGCUCAGCAGCUGCACCGGGAGAAACCCAUCAGUGUCGAGCUGGCGAAGGCACGAGCCGCCAGGGCUGCGCACGAAGAAGCCCGAAGAAAAGAGGCCCACUUUACUUUACUGAAACAGGAAGGCAAUAAUCUGAUCAGAAAAGGCCUCUUCCAGGAAGCUGUGGAGAAAUACAACGAAUGUCUGAGAAUCAAACCCGAUGAAUGUUCUGUUUACACAAACCGAGCCAUUUGUUUCCUGAAGCUGAACCGUUUUGACGAGGCCAAGCAGGACUGUGACUCCGCUCUGCAGCUGGAUCCAUCCAACAAGAAAGCCUUCUACAGACGGGCCUUGGCUUUUAAGGGGUUAAAGGAUUACCUGUCAGCCAGCAGUGACCUCCAGGAGGUCCUCCAGCUGGACCCCAAGGUCCGAGAGGCUGAGCAGGAGCUUGAGGUGGUGACAGGUUUGCUGAGGCAAAGCCUGAUGGACAACUCGGCACACACAACAAGGUUCUUCCAGGCGUGACAAAGCUUUGUGACACACACAUGGAGGCCGUUGUGAACAGCACUUCCACACCAGUCAGCCGAGUGAAAACAGAAACGCCACACACUCCUGAGACGAGCUCCGCACCAUCUGCAGCCUGUGCGAACCACCCCACAGCUGCUCCACCUUACAUAACGGGACGCUUUAUUUGAAAAGGAUAAUGUCAAGGUACAUGUGACCGUUAUAAUCAUUCUGAUUCUGAUGUAAGCACUGCUCCAUGUGACGAGCUGCCGUCGUGCAAAUGGGAGGAAAUAAUGCGUGCCUUAUUGAGAUUUCUACAUUUAGGAUGACCCGCGCCAAGAUAAACAUGCUAUUUUAAGCGACUCUUAACUAAAAUGUGUGUUAAAAGGUUAAAGUUUUAUUCCAAUACAACACAUCCGAGCUGAUUCUGAGGCAUUUCUGCAAACAAAAGCUGCUACUAAAUAGAAAAAAAACAAGCGCUGUGUAAGCUUAGAGCAGAAACCCUGGUAGGUUCUGAACUCUGCUGCUUCUCAGCACCUAAUUCUACACUUUCGUGGUUUUAAACCAACAUUA